GUAUAUGGAUAUGUACAAAAUAACAAAACUCAAAACAAAAAAAGUGAAAAUAUAAAUGAAUGGGAUGAAACUGAUUUUGUUAGUCAAUUGGGGAAACGCACGACCACGAAUUGUUAUCCCCAACCUGGAAUUCCUUUGCCCGUCAAAGCGAGAGAGAGAGAGAAUGGCAAUGGCUUCUUCAAACAUGGUUCAAUUGCACAAGUCACAACAACAACGAGGAUUUCAGGUAUUCUGCAGAAAAAAAGAGAAAGACUACGGAGAAAAUAGCAACUACCCGUUUAAAGUCAUCGAAAUUACUCCUCCUCCCAAGAAUCUCGGCAUUCGCUGUUUUCCCUCUAACAUGCAGUGUGGGGAGAGUGUAACAAUCGAAGGCCAGAUCUACAUGGUUUAUUCUGUAACGCAUCGUUAUCAGCUUCGAAAAGGAAAGUACGAACCUAGCGAGAAAAGACUAGAUGUCCUGUCUUCAGGUAGAUACAUCGUCAACUUGUAUCUUCAAAACCUUCUUGAACAGUCUUGAUUCAUUCAUUCAUGAAGUAAUAAGUUACUAAAUUUGCCCACCUCAUUGUCUAUUAUCUCCAUCUCACAUGUAAGAAAUCAAAUUAUUAUACAAAAACCUUUCUGUUUUAUGGGUAGUUCAUCAUGUGUAUAUGAAAGAAA